CCGCCCACUGUGCAGCAAUCUCGGCAACUUUAAAAAAAAUGUCUGUCAGUGUUGCGCGACGCGAAAGGAAAUACAACGGUUUAGACAACGACCGACUUCAAAGAGCCAUUUCCCAACCUGUGCAAGCUUGGGAAAAGAAAUGGGCUUCGCAUUCCCAAGGCAACAGUAUACACACUUUUAAAUGGGUGAAAUCGACUCGACCUAUUGUUUUUGAAGAUGAAGAGGACGAGGGACCUGAACCUGUCAGCGAUGCGGUCCCUGCUGAACCAAAAGUCGUCAACGAGACCCACGACGUGAUGCAGCCCAAAGAUUCGCAGGCAUCCAACAAUCCUACUGAGGAUUCGAUCCCGGCACCAAUGACGACGAAAACGCCAACAAUUGAACAAGUGACUGAAUUGGAGGUGGCAGAAAAGCGAGAUCAGUCUGAUCUCAACGAUGCUGCCCAGCACCCUAGUCUGGCGCCUCAUGUUCUUGCUGACGACACCGAGAGUAUGCAGCCUGCCGAGGCCAUGGUAUCGGAAGAGCCCCUGGCAACAAUGGCCGGUCCUACCGGAGCGACGGCGGUGUCUUCCGCCGAAGAGAAUUCCGUGCAAGCAUAAAUAAUGUUUUCCCAAAACCUGCUUUCAUCUUGUCUAUUUCCAUCCUCAUCAUGGUUCCUAACAAGUGACAGACUUGCCGCAACAAUGCGCACUAGAAAAAUAUUUGUUCUUUGUUUUCCAACCAUUCCUCUAUUAUAUAAUGAUCACCUUUUUUACAUAAAAGCAUGGCCUCCUAAUGUGAGC